UGUGCGGGAGAGAUUCCUCGGGCACGGUCCCCGUCCACCAGGACCGCCCGUGCGAAGACGCCCGAGAGGAACAUCAGCAGCCCCACCAGCUUCCAGACAGUGCAGACUCGCAGUGAAGCAGCUUGGGGUUUCUCGGACGAUUUUGAUCGAAAAUCACGCGGUCGAUUUUGGCCGUACGACGCAAAGUCGACGUUUACCAACUUGUCCGGAUCCUUCGAGAGCCUCGAUCCAUUCGGCCGGCAGCAUCACGGAAACUUCGCAGUGUCGCCGAGCAUGGCCAAGCGCAUGGGCAAGGUGCCGCCAGUGCCGGCCAUUGAACUGCCCAGCAUCUUGGUCACGGGAGGCCUCAACCUCGACACUGGCAUCAGCUCGUCGGUGGUGGCCUUCGACCCGUCGUUCAACACGCUGCAGCAGUGCAGCGUCCUGCCCACACCGCUGCACCACCACCGGACCGUUCUCGUCGACUCCGACAUCAUCGUCGUCGGUGGCAUGCUGGAGUCCGCGGACGGGCCGUACCUGUGCACGCGCCGCUGCUACCGGUUGAACGUGGCCAAGAUGCAGUGGAGCCGCGUGGCCGACCUCAAGACGGAGCGCGCCCACCACGGGCUCGUGUACUCCGACGGCCGCAUCCUGGCACUCGGCGGGCUCACGCUCGGGCGCAGGCUGGUGUCCAGCAUGGAGUACUACGACGUGAAACGCAACAAGUGGACCAAGAUGAAGGGCUCACUGCCGCAGCCCAUGAUGGCCAUGGGCGUGGCGCUCUUCCGCUCGCUCGUCUGGGUCGCCGGAGGAGUGGUGGGCUCCUCCGAGGACGACCUGGCCUGCUGCGCGGCCGUCCACUGUUACGAGCCCAGGACGAAGACGUGGACCUCCAGCGUACCACCGCUGCCGAGGGCGUGCGCCUACCUAGGCCUGCUCUGCGCCUCUGGCAGCCUCGUGGCCCUCGGAGGUUCCGUGUCCCUGGACCAGCUGCAGCCCGGCAGCGUGGCCGACGUGCUAAGGCUGUCGGAUGACCAGCGCUCCUGGGAGCCACUGGCAUCGAUGCCAAGGCCCUGCCACAGCUCUGACGCCGUGGUAUUCGGUGAGUCGCUGUACAUGUUCGGCGGCAUCAGCGACGGUCACGUGCUGGCCGAUGUGCAGCUGCUGCACAAGGGUCGCUGGUCCUUGUGCGCCCACCUGCCUGCCUCGGUGCUCGGGCCAAGCGUAGUGGCACUGCCCGGAUCACACACAGGCGCCAGCUCGGUCGCCAGCUGCACCUCAGAUGCCGCGGAUAACAACAGGUCGGGUCGCAAGGACGAAGACCUGAUCAUGUGGAGCUGGCACAACCUGUGA